GCUACGCUAGCAACUCCAUUAGCUAAACUUAGUGCUACGUUCUCAACUCGGUUGGUGUAAUAGGUUGUCAGCCAUGGGGAAAUCAUUUGCUAAUUUCAUGUGCAAGAAGGAUUUUCAUCCCGCCUCUAAGUCAAACAUCAAAAAGGUAUGGAUAGCAGAACAAAAACUGACUUUCGAGAAGAACAAGCAAGAAGAACUUAUGCAGGCCUAUCUGAAAGAGCAGGACACUUACAACAACAGGUUGUUGAUGGGGGAUGAUCGUGUUAAAAAUGGCCUCAAUUUUAUGUACGAGGCUCCACCUGGAGCAUCCAAAGAGGAAAAGAAAGAGGAGGGGGAAGAAGAGUACAAAUUUGAGUGGCAGAAGGUGGCUCCUCGAGAAAAGUAUGCAAAGGAUGACAUGAAUAUAAGAGAUCAGCCAUUUGGAAUCCAGGUGCGCAACGUGAGAUGCAUCAAAUGUCACAAAUGGGGCCAUGUGAACACAGACAGAGAGUGUCCUCUCUAUGGGCUGUCGGGAAUCAAUGCCAGCUCUGUGGCCUCGGAGGAGGCAGCAGGUCCGUCGAUGCACCCCUCGGAGUUAAUGGCGGAGAUGCGAAACAGUGGGUUUGCCUUGAAAAAAUGUGUCCUUGGUAGGAAUGCUACUGUUUGUGAUCCAUCGCAGGAAUAUGUUGCCAGUGAAGAGGAGGAUGAUCCAGAGGUGGAAUUUCUGAAGUCAUUAACGACCAAGCAAAAACAGAAGCUCCUAAGAAAACUCGAUCGCCUGGAAAAGCAGAAGGCCAAGAAAAAGAAGGGCAAAAAGCAGAAGAAGAAAAGCAAAAGAAAACACAAGAAGAAGCAUGAAAGCAGCGACAGCAGCUCGAGUGACUCCUCCAGCAGCAGCAGUAGCAGUAGUGACAGUGGCUCAGAUUCAGACAGCCAGGGCAAGUUCAAGAGCCAAAAGAGAAAGAAGAACAAGAAGAAAGAUUCCUGUCGGGAUAACAGCUCGAAGAGCGAGCGGCGAGUCAAGAGUCAGAAAAAGGCCUCCUCUCAUAGGAGCAGGUCACAGAGUCCUCGCACCAGACACAAGCGGCCUGAAGAGGAGUCCGGAGAUUACAGACGAAAGGGGACAGAGAGGGGAAGGAGCAGGAGUCGACAUCGCAGCCCGGAGGACCAGAUCAAGCUGGAGGGAGGUCAAGAGAGAAAGAGACACAACAGCAGGGACAGGCAGAGGCCUCGCAGCUCCAAGUCUGGCUUGGACAGAAGCGUGAGCCGCGAGAAAGGCAGGGAGGACGGAGGUAAAGACCGGCGUCACAGCGGAGAUGGUGAGAGGAACAGAAGUGGCACAGAUGGAAGGCGAGGGAGAACAGCAGAUGGGAGGAGCAGAAGCAGGGAAAGGAGGAAGGAAAGAGAGGGCAGGGGAAGAAGCAGGAGCAGGGAGAGGAGAGAGAGGAGCCAAGACCGAGGAAAAAGAAAGCGCUGACUUUCAUUAUGCCCCUCUUAGAAUAUUGGACAAAACAUGAAAAUGUUUUGAAUGUUUGUUUUCUUUUCCUUUCAGACUGUCUUCAUGAUAAUCAGUGUCCCUCUAUGUAGAAUAGCAGGCAUGGCGCGUGGGUCUCAUUUUCCUCCAGUAGAGGGAAGCAGUGGACAGAAAAUGCGCGGCUGCAGCUCAUCGCGCUCUUGUGUUGUCUUGUACUGUAUGAAAGGGACUAAAUUAAUUGAUUACCAUUAGAGGCAAUCUGCAGCUGUGAUCUAUUGAUGGGAAAACGUUGGACUCAUUUUAAUGGUCAGUUGGCCACAAGAAAGACGAUUUCUGUUGCUGCAGGGUUUUAUCUCGCUUUCAUUAUUGUGUCUUGGAAACGUCGACAUUGUGCGCUAUGACGCUUACACGGCUGUUGAUAAAAGCUGUUGACUUUUAUUUUAUGAUUAAAUUUUUAAUCGUC